CCCCGCGCCCCCGCGCCCCCGCACGCACCUGUCAAGCCCGGCGCGGCCCACGCAGCGCGGGACGCGGGAGGCCCAGGCAGCCGAGUCCUUCCCGCCCCGAGGCGCCCAGGCCCGCGCUGCACUGGGGCGGCCGCGUGGGUGGCCGUGGCCGCGGCCGGCGGCGGGGCGCGGGGGUCGCAGACAUGCUGCUGCUCAAGAAGCAGACGGAAGACAUCAGCAGCGUCUACGAGAUCCGGGAGAAGCUCGGCUCGGGCGCCUUCUCGGAGGUGGUGCUGGCCCAGGAGCGCGGCUCCUCACACCUUGUGGCCCUCAAGUGCAUCCCCAAGAAGGCCCUGCGAGGCAAGGAGGCCCUGGUGGAGAACGAGAUCGCAGUGCUCCGCAGGGUCAGCCACCCCAACAUCGUGGCCCUGGAGGACGUCCACGAGAGCCCUUCCCACCUGUACCUGGCCAUGGAGCUGGUGACAGGGGGCGAGCUGUUCGACCGCAUCAUGGAGCGUGGCUCCUACACAGAGAAGGACGCCAGCCACCUAGUGGGCCAGGUCCUCGGGGCCGUCUCCUACCUGCACAGCUUGGGUAUCGUGCACCGGGACCUCAAGCCUGAGAACCUCCUCUAUGCCACGCCCUUUGAGGACUCCAAGAUCAUGGUCUCCGACUUCGGCCUCUCCAAGAUCCAGGCUGGCAACAUGCUGGGCACCGCCUGUGGGACCCCAGGAUAUGUGGCCCCGGAGCUCUUGGAGCAGAAACCCUACGGGAAGGCCGUGGAUGUGUGGGCCCUGGGUGUCAUCUCCUACAUCUUGCUCUGUGGGUACCCCCCUUUCUACGACGAGAGCGAUCCUGAACUCUUCAGCCAGAUCCUGAGGGCCAGCUACGAGUUUGACUCUCCCUUUUGGGAUGACAUCUCAGAAUCAGCCAAAGACUUCAUCCGGCACCUUCUGGAGCGAGACCCCCAGAAGAGGUUCACCUGCCAGCAGGCCUUACAGCAUCUUUGGAUCUCUGGGGACGCGGCCUUGGACAAGGACAUCCUGGGCUCCGUCAGUGAGCAGAUCCAGAAAAAUUUUGCCCGGACCCAUUGGAAGAGAGCGUUCAAUGCCACCUCCUUCCUGCGCCACAUCCGCAAGCUGGGCCAGAGCCCAGAGGGUGAGGAGGCCUCUGAGCGGAGGAUGGCCCGCCACAGCCACCCCGGCCUCCAGUCCUGCCAGCCCGCCAAGUGGUGAUGCGCAGGACCCCGCGGCCUCUGCUGGAAAGUCGGAGAGGUGUGGGUGUGGCGCACGGCCCCGGGCAGGCGUGGGACUCCCCCAUCUGCCACCCUGUGCCCUGGCCUCCGUGUCUGCGGGGACUCCCCCACCGACACCACCACGCCCCCUCUAGGAGCCAAGGAGGCUUCGGGGGCAGUUCCUCCUGCACGCUGUUCUGUGCUUUGCUGACUGUGGUGGUCCCGCUUGCGUCAUGGCCCUCUAGCCCCCCUCGAGUUGUCCCCAAAUCAAUAAAGACAGACAGAGCAA